AUGCGAAAUUCCAUCUGUUUUUUUUCGGUCAGGUCUACUUUCUUGGUCUCAAGACACACCCUCUAUUUAGGUUGUCUCGGGUGCGUUUGAGAAUUGGAACGCGGCCACAAAAAUGGCUUACAGGUAGCAAUUCCGAACAGAGCCCUAAACGGUCAAUUCAAAAUAAAUGUCUUCCAAAUGCCGAUUAAACGCUAUCGAACCGAAUCAUUUUGCAGAAAAAGUUCCUCGGGUUAGCAUGUUUUCCUGAUAUAAACCGCGUCUUUUCUUGUCAGUAACCGCGCUCCGUGGUGUGUUAGGGGCAGUCUGAGAGGUCAUUGAACCGCUGGGGAAGCGUUGCCGUUCAUCGCGGCUGUAAGUUAGGCGAACAGCUCAAACGCGCAAAGUUCAGCAUGACCGCGAGAAACAUAGCUCGUUUUUGGGAAUGGGGGAGGAAGAUUAUCUGCGUGGGGAGAAACUACGCGGAGCACGCUAAAGAGCUGAGGAACGCCGUGCCCAGCGAGCCCGUGCUCUUCCUCAAGCCGCCGUCAGCCUACGUUAAGGAGGGCUCGCCGAUCCUGGUGCCACGCUACUGCUCCAGCCUGCACCAUGAGGUGGAGCUGGGGGUGGUGAUCGGAAAAGCGGGCACGGCUAUUCCUCAGAGCUCGGCAAUGGAGCACAUUGCCGGAUACGCGCUGUGCCUGGACAUGACGGCCCGGGACAUCCAGGACGAGUGCAAGUCCAAAGGCCUGCCCUGGACCCUGGCUAAGGCUUUCGACACGUCCUGUCCGGUCAGCGAGUUCAUCCCCAAGGAGCGCCUCCCGGACCCGGCGAACGUCACGCUGUGGCUGAAAGUGAACGACGUCGAGCGGCAGAACGGCAGCACUUCUCAGAUGAUCUUCUCCAUCCCCUACCUGAUCAGCUACAUCAGCGAGGUCAUUUCGCUGGAGGAGGGAGACCUCAUACUCACCGGGACACCCAAAGGAGUCUCCGCCGUGCAGGAGCACGAUGAGCUGCAGGCUGGCAUCGACGGCAUCGUCACCAUGACUUUUCAAAUCGACAAAACGUGGUGACGUGAAGAAGUGAGGCUGAGUCAGCGGCCGUGUGUUGUGAAACGGCGUUAAUCUCAGGUUUUACUAAAGGCAUUGCCGUGUAGUUUCCGUAUGUGUGUCUCGAUUUUAAUUAAAAGUUCAAUUUUUGAUUCAAA